AUGGAGGCUGCCGUAGAACAAACCACUACAAUGAUAACGGUCACCGGCGAGGCCGCUGAUGGCGGUGUGCCUGUUGAUUAUAAUGGUGAUCAUGAUAGUGGUCCGGGUCCUAAAGACAUUACCAACAAUAUUGUGGCUAAAGGCAAACGUACCAAACGUCAAAGGCCACAAUCUCCGAUUCUUUUCACAUUUUCAUCAUCCAACAAUAUUGAUAAUAAUGAUUUAACGUAUUAUUCCCCGGUGUCUUCAUCUGGUUUUCCUGAUGGUAGCACCACAACGGAAGAUGAAGACACCGCGGAAUCCUUGAUCCUUCUCUCAAAAGGCCAUUCAUUAGACCUUUUUACAUCGAAAAGAAACAAAGAUGAUAAUUAUGAUGGAGGAGUUACCAAGUUUAAUAGCAAAAAAUACAUAGAGUCUCCUUCAAGCGGCGGAGUUUAUGUUUACGAGUGCAAGACAUGUAGCCGGACCUUUCCUUCGUUUCAAGCUCUUGGAGGCCAUCGAGCCAGCCACAGAAAACCUAAAAAUAAUGACGUCGACAUAAGAAGACCGCAACCAUACAAGAUGGUUAUUGACAACAACAACAAUGAGCCACCACCACCACCAUUACAAUUUGAAUUCCCAUCAAGGAAUAACAAUUAUACAUCUAUGACAAAUUAUCCCCAUUCUCAAUUAAAUAACCGUGUUUCUUCGUUCAUUGGAAACACGAUAAAAUCGUCGUCCAAGCUUCAUGAAUGCUCGAUUUGUGGUACCGAAUUCAAUUCAGGGCAAGCAUUGGGUGGUCAUAUGAGGAGACAUAGGGUAGCUAAUGGCGGAAAUAGGGGAAAGAACAUCAACAACACUACAACCAUCAACAACAACAUUAACAAAAGCACAAACAAUACUAUGUUGUCAUUGAUCCCAUUUGGUAUGGUUACAAAUGCGGAGGUCUAUGAUUUAAAUUCGAAAAAUGGUGAUGAUGCAUUAUGUCUAGGUUUGGAUCUUAACCUUCCUGCACCACGAGAAACCACCGUAGCGGCCGAUAGUGACCUUCAACAACAACAGACCGUCUUUGCAUUGCCACCACCGACAAUGGAGAAUAACGAGAAGGAAGAACAACCGGUUGUUCAAUUGUCCACCACCCCAACAUUGGUGGAUUGUCACUACUAAAGGGAAAUGUAUAGCAUUCACCAA